UUCAUCCAUACGACGAUGAUUGAUAUCUUGCCAUUUGAUGACGCACCCGGUCUGGUGGCGUGUGUAGACGGAACCAAAGUAGACAUCACGCCCGAGCAUCCCUACAGCCACACAUCUCACGACGCCGAGCUGUUCAGGAUCAAGGAGGUCACCAAGUGGUACAAGCUGGACUCCGAGGCUUACAGCCUCCACUUGGGAUUCGGCUGGAACAUGCUCGCGGUCGAGGUGGCUCCGUUCUACCGUGGAAAGCUGUGUGGUCUGUGUGGUGAUUACAAUCUGGACAAGGACCACGAGCUGACCGGCCCCAACGGCCACCUGUACAACAACACGCUCGAGUUCGCCAAGAGCUACGUUGUGCCCAGCGCAGACUGCCACGCACCAGCCCACUAAUUGUCCUUGGCGGCGCACGCUUUAAUAGACCAUCACAUCGCAAACUUCUAUGAUUAAAAAGCAGAGAGUCGAACUGGGAAGAAGAGAAGGCUUACAGCUUUCUCUAAUGGCUUCCUCCGGGGACUGCUCUCAAGUAUUAAUCUUUCAGCAAAAUGCAAUGUCACUAGUGCUUCAUCUAUGUAUAUUGUAAAAAAAAGCAAUAAAGAACGAAGUGAUAAACUGGUCGUCCAAGUGUUCAUAUUUACAUAGCUCGU